AUGUCCACCGAUAGCCUCGUCCCCAUCCUCAUCUACCUCACCGGCGAGACGCGCGUCAACGAGGUGGUCCUAGUGGACGAAAAUGUCUCCUCCUUUGAAGAAUUCGCAGCAUCGCUCUACCAGAGUCUUCGCCCCAAGAUUCCCGACUACUACCUGGAGAGUGGGGAGCGAUCCAUCACUCAGGUCUUUGUGACCUGGCAGCCUUCGGAUAUUUUCCCCCAGGAGACCGAAAUUGUGGAAGGGAAUGUUCGGGCUGUUCUUCGGCAUCUUGCAGCGCGCAGGGGGGUCGAUACCGUCCGGGUGUGGCUUAAUGAGAUCGAUUAA